AUGAAUUUCGGAUACACCGACGGAGGAAUCCCCGACACAAGAUAUGGAUUAACUGUGGAGCUGACUCUCAUAGAAGCAGCCAGGAGAACGACGCUACCUCGUCCUCAGAUUUAUUUUGAAAAAAUUGAUCCAAUUGGAUUUAUUUUCAAAGAGAAAGAAGUGCUUUGCAUGAAAUGUGGGAGGCAGUUUAAAUGCCCAACCACAGAAAAGAAGGUAGUAUAUAACUGCCACGCUCGAGUAGCCUGGAGUGGUCACCCACGGGUGAUCGAUGCAGAAACUUAUAUUAUUAAAAUCGUCGGGAAAGAAGUAUUCGUACCACACAGAGUGGAGUUCGACAGAUAUGGUAUUGAGAAACUCGCGGAACCGCUUGUCGAACCAGAAAGCCUGAGUUCCAACACUGACCUGUUCGCCAGAAUUAAGCACCUGGUUCCAUUCGAUGCCACCAGCUGUCAAUCAACCGGCACAACGCCAGGCACCUCUGGACCCCCGCCACCGACCUCAUCCUCGAAAAAGCCACAUUUGAAGUCACCGAGUGCCUCGAAUGUGACAUUCAAUGAAAGGCGAAAAACCCACACAGCCGGUCAACCUCAUCCAGAGGCACUGGAGAAAGCCUCGAAGAAAAAACCGGAGAAGCCUUCAAAGAAAGAUAAAUCUUCAAAGAAAUCGAAAAAUGCGAAAGCUGUGGAACCGGAGUCCUCGAAUAUCCGAGCUGGCCAACCUCAUCCAGAGUCUCUGGAGAAUCAGAAAGAACCGGAGUACAUCACUCUUUCUGAUGAUGAGAACGAUCCAGCCCCUGCCGAGAUCGAAGUAGUGGCUAUUGUGAAAGAUCCGAGAGCCGUGAUCCCCAGAAGAAAUGAUUCCCGUCAGAUAGCUCGGGUGGAGGCUGCGAUAGUGCUUGGCGAAAGAGCAAUGGAUGUCGAUGAACCACCACGCCGAAGAUAUCGAAGAGUGUCAGAUAACUCUGACAUCGAGAUCAUUGAAGACAUUCCUGAAUUCGAUCCACCAACAAAUGACACAGAGCCAUUGGUUCCAAAAGCUCCAAAAGCUCCAGAAUCUUCAGGAGCUUCUUCUACAUUGAAGAGGGCUGCCAGUCCUCGAGAUCUUGGAAUGAUCACCGCCAAGAGAUUUAGUAAGGAUGAUUCGCCGGAUAUUGGAACAUCUGUCAAUGCUGAUGAAGUUUCUAAAGCUACCGUACCCCAGAAGUCUUCUCCUAUUGCCGAGGAACGUCGGGAUGAAGAACCUGGCAGCGAAGAGACUCCAAUGAACAGUGCUGCCCAUCCAGAAGCUUCGUCGUCAUCAGAAGUCAAAAAGAAUCCAGAAGAUAACGAUCGUGAUCUAUAUGAUUUUAUAUUCACAGAGGAGUCAGAAAAUCAAAGCUCGAAGCAGAAUGUAGUCGCACCAAAAAUCUUGCUGAAAGAAGAAAAAUCUGUACCUGCCCCAGAGCGUUGGGCGGCCAAACCUCAGGACAAAGAGAUGGAAAUCGAAAAUGAACUGGAGAAAGAUCAGGAAAUGAUUGAUGUGGAUCAAAAUAACAGCGAUAUGAACGAAGCUUCCCGGAGAGAUCAAUCGAUAUCAGAUGAUUCGGAAAUUGAAAUCAUCGAAGACAUUCCAAGAGGAGCUCAAGCAAAUGCGCCAGGACCUGAAUUCGACGAACCAACAAAUUUCAAUGAUCGUGCAGAGGUUUCAAUUGAAAGAGAACCCUUGGCUCCAGAAACUUCUCGUCAAUCAUCUCCCGUUUCUGAAUGUUCUAAAUCCAGUCAACAUGAAGAUUAUGACGCUUAUUCAGAUGAUUUUGUGGAAACUGAAGAACCAGAGGAUCGAGAUGUCAGUGUUGCCAAACCAGAAGCAGAGAAAGAUUCAGAAGCUUCAACAUCUGUAACUUCUCAUUCCGUUGUGACAAAUGCAGCCCCAGAUGUUCAAUUUGACGUGGAAAUGGUAGAAGAAGAGAAAGUGAAGUCUAUUUCUCCAGAGCCAGAAAUCGUGAAGUCUAGAGAGUCUUCUCCGGAAAUCCCAAUCCCUGAGUCAAAUGGACAACAGGAUGUAAUUGUAUUGGAUCAGGAUAUGGAGGAUGAGAACAUCAUGGAAGACCAAUAUGCUGCUCCAGAAGAAGAUAACUCAUUAGAAGAAUUAGAAGACAAGGAAUCUCAGGAACCGUCUCCCAUUAAAAGUCAGGAAGAUAUCGAGGAGGAAGAAGAUCUCCUGCUCCCAGUCACAGAAGCUGAUGAUGGCUCUGAAGCUGAUGGUGAAGAAUCUGAUGAAGAAAAACUGGAGGAUGCAGAUUUGGAUCAAGCAGAUAGGAAUUCAGAAGACCGAUUGUCUCCAGAACCAGUUGAUGAUAAUAUUUUGGAGCAAAUUUCUGAAAAUCCUGAUGAAGAAUCUCUCGAGGACAUGAGCGACAAUCACCCAGGAGAAGAAUCUCCAGAUCUCGAAUCAGCUGAACCACACAAUGUGGAAUCGGAGAAAAUCUCAGAGAAUCAGAAUGAAGAAUCUGACGAUGACAUGGAUGACUCAUUGGCUGAUGAAAGAACUCACCAAUCUGCUCCAGAUUCUGAAGAGCCCGACGUCGAAAUGGAGGAUGAAGAAGAUGUGAUUGCAACGGAGGAACCACUGAUGGUAGAAACAGAUGAUGUCACUGUCCAGAAGUCUCCAGAAUCCCCCACGACGUGCUCACCAAUUCUACGUAGUCUUCUUCUCGAUCAGUCCCCCAAAAGUCGGGCAAUGUCCGCCGAUCCAAAUCUUGAAGAAGAAGAAGUAUCAGAAGAUGAGGAGCCCCAAGACGUCGAUGCUGGAGAAAUGGACGUGGAAGACUCUAACGAAGUCGAGCCGGAGCUUGAAGCACCAGGAGUUGCACCGACACAAGCUGAAGAUGUCCUGAUGGAAGUGAACGUAGCAGAAGAAGAAGAGGUUACUGAAAAGAAAGAGGAGAAGGAAGAUGCGAAGCCAACUAAGAGAGAGCCAGUUGUGACUGCCAGACCCCGAGGAAGAACACGAGUAACGAUUCAGAUUGACCGAGGAACCUCGAUCCCCACUGGCCUCACUCGAAAGCCGUUCCACUUCGAGGUGAAAGUCAAAUCGAGACUUGUGAGCCCAAAAGCAGAACCAGAACCCGCUGAUGAACCCGAAGUAAAACCCGGUGUAAAACGAGGAAGAAAAGCGGCCAAGAAGGAAGAAAAGGAAGAAGAGGAGGAUAAGAAAGAAAAGAAAUUAGUCCCUGUAGGCCCGGAAUUCCAAGCAGAGCUCCCCGAAAUUCAAGAAUCGGGAGACUAUUCAUCUGAUGAAGAAAGUAUGGAAGAAGAAGUCUAUUGGGAGGAGGAUCAACAAGGAGGAAGUGUCUACGAGAGAGAUAUGGCUGUAUACCAACGUGCCAUUCUCCUCACCUUCAAUGGGCACAUUCCCAUGGAAAAAGCCCUUGGACAUCUGAGGAAUUGUGGCUUCGAUUUUGGAUGUGCUUUGGACUCCAUCGACCAGUGCCUGAAGGAGCUCCCUCAAGCGAUGAAGCCAAUUUGCCAUGGCCAGGCAAAGCAGUUGGCGGAGUUCCUGAUGAGGGAUAACCAACACAAGUUCCGCAGAUGGAGAAGGCACAUCCAGGAGCAAGCAAUGAGAAAUUAUCAUAUUGGGGAGAUCCAUAACUUUUUGUUACGGACUAUGAUGCCCAAAUAUGUAAACCAUCAUGUGGUGCUCUACCCGGACGAAAAGACCUUGGAUUUCGAACCAAAAUGGAUGCCACGCGGAGAGCUUCCCUGCACGUGCAAUUUCUUCACACACGAAGAUAUUGUGCACGAGCCACGGAUAUCGUGCACAAAUUGCACAAAGAUGUUCCGAAACGUCGAAGGACUUCCAGACAAGCUCUGCUUGGUAUGCCAAGCCUAUGAAGGCUUCAAAGGCCGAAGAAGACCAGCAACGAACGUCGUGUUCAAUGAUGAUGAAUCGACGUAUCUGAGAAAAUGGGACAUCUACGAGAAAACCCAAAACUGCCGGAUUUCGAAGGAGGAUUUCGACAAAGUUCUUUUGGAACAAGACACGGCGAGGUGGUUAAGAAUGGAGCUGACGGAAGAGGAAAAGGAUAUGGUCGACUGGACAGCAACAGAAUUGAAAGACUGGAAUGACGACCUCCCAGAAGACGAGAAGGCCGAAUAUGGAGAGGAGGUGGCUGCUCAACUCAAGCCAUUCGAGAUUCCAUUCCUCUCAAGAUGUCGGUGUAAGGAGUCCGGAAGCAUUCCAAGGAAUUCGGAGAAUUGGGAAAAAUCGAAAUUUGAGGAAGACGAGAAAGAACUGUUCCGGGAUGCCAUCUUGAAGCACGACGGUGAUCAGAUGGCCGCUGCGGAGGAGUUGGAAGUAGAGGCGGAACUGGUGGAGAGGUUCGCCCAACUGUUCCCGAGUGGAAGCGGUCUCUAUAAGAGAAAGAAGUUCGAGCUCCGCCCCCGCCCAAUUCUCCCCCACACCAAUCUGCCACCUCCAACCCCAAUUCCGAUUGUCUUCAAGAAGGAAAAUGUCUCGGAGAAACAGAGACGAAGAGCCAAAGGAGAGAUCGAUGAAGACUACGACGUCAACGAAGAGAAAGAUUCGGAUUAUGAUCCAAACGAGAACAAGAUGAUUUCUCAAGCUAAGGCGAAGAAAAAGAGAGCCGCUGCUGCCGCUGCCGCCAAGGCUGCUGCAAAGAAGAAACCGGCUGCUCCAAAGAAACCGCCGGCUGCUGCUCCGAAACCUCCUUCUUCUGCUCCACGGAAACCGCCAACCGAACGACAGCCUCCCGCGGAACCUCAAGUUUCUGCGCGGGAAUUAAGGGCCAGAGCAAGACAGUAA